CUUAGGCUCGCCUUCUAUUUUUUUUCUUCCAGCCAUGAAUAGGAUACAGCUAAAGCGUGCACAUAUCCUCAGGAUGGCCCUCUCCGGUGCAUACUCAAUGAGUCAAGACGGACACGGAGAGACUUUCCUACUCCGUGCUCUGAGAAUAGCGGCUGUUGUUGCACUAUACUGGUUCAUUUCGAUCACAAUGGUUUUCCUCAACAAUUAUUUGUUGGACAAUCGUGACUUGAAUGCACCAUUAUUUGUGACAUUUUACCAGUGCCUGGUGACUGUGGCACUAUGUUGGGUCAUGCAGCUCUUAUCCAACUUGUGCCCCAGAGUAUUCAACUUCCCCUCUUUCAAAUUUGAUUUGAAGAUUUCCCGAGAAGUCCUGCCGUUGUCCAUUGUGUUCAUCAGCAUGAUCACCUUUAACAACUUGUGUCUUAAAUAUGUCGGAGUUGCUUUUUACACUGUUGGUCGUUCCCUUAGUACAGUUUUUAAUGUGCUGUUAUCAUACGUGAUUCUUAAGCAGAUCACGUCAUUCAAAGCGCUACUGUGCUGUUUAGUCAUUCUCGGUGGAUUCUGGCUUGGUGUGGAUCAAGAAGGUGAGGCAGGGUCCCUUUCUUGGUCUGGUGUCUUUUUUGGGGUACUGGCCAGUGCCUGCGUCUCUCUCAAUGCGAUCUACACAAAGAAGGUCAUGUCAGCAGUUGAUGAAAACAUCUGGAAGCUGUCCUUCUACAAUAAUGUAAAUGCUUGCGUCCUUUUCCUUCCGCUUAUCCUAAUAUUUGGUGAAAUUAGACAUAUGGCCAGCUUCAGUCGCCUAGCGGAUCCAACCUUCUGGGGCAUGAUGACACUUGGAGGAGUGUUUGGGUUUGCUAUAGGCUAUGUCACAGGCCUCCAGAUAAAAUACACCAGCCCUCUCACACACAAUGUCUCUGGGACAGCAAAGGCCUGCGCGCAGACUGUCAUUGCUGUGGUUUAUAACUCCUCUAGUAAGAGCAUGCUGUGGUGGACCAGUAACAUGAUGGUACUCUUUGGCUCAUCUGCCUACACUUGGGUCAAAAGCCAAGAAAUGAAGAAGAUCCAAAAUUCCCAGGACACUACUACCAAGGAAAAACUACUUCCAUGA